AGGAAUGUUUAUAGAUUUAACAUCAUUGAAAGAGGGCUGAAGAACUAUAAUUAAUUUUCUAGUGCUGUCACACAGAAGGUCAAAUCAUAGACCAUUUCCUCAGUUUCCUUCAAUCAUGUACCCUGAGUUGGGCCUUAGCUUAACGUGCCAUUUUUCUUGUUCUUCUGUUAUGUUCUGCCCUUCAACCUGUGCUACAUUUUGGCAGUUUCCUUUUCUCUGGAUAUCUUUCCAAUUCUCCUUAACCUUCUUUAAUGUGAAUCCUUAAAUGAAGUGCAGAAGCAAGUGUGGCUGCUGAUUUCUAGUAACGUGCCAGACUGUAGUGCCAAGACUCCGGUAUAAAGCCCCUCGUUGAGAUUCCUGCCACUCCUCCUGCUCUAAGGAGAAAGUAGAAAAGGCAAAAUACUGAGUUGCUGAAAGCCUGCUACCUUCUACUGGCAUAAUCUCUGUGGCAAAAUCCUUCAACUAGCCCCACCAUUUCCAGGAUCAGGGCACAGCACAAGAUGCUCAUCAGUUGAAGAGAAGCCUUGUGGAAAGAGGAUGUUCAUUUUAAAGAGUCUGUGAAGAUGAAAAGGGAUAUCUUAUGGCUUUAUGAAAUAUAAAGCGAUACUGUCUGACAUGACGGCAAAAAAUGUUGGUGUGACUUCCACAAAUGGAGACUUGAAAGGAUUUAUAGAUCAGAACCAGAGUCCAACAAAAGGUAAUAUUUCAGUAAUCGCAUUGCCAGUUUCCAGCACCAACUCUCCGACUAAGAUUUUGCCGAAAACCUUGGGACCAAUCAAUGUGAAUGUUGGACCCCAAAUGAUCAUAAGCACACCACAAAGACUGACCAGUUCAGGGAGUGUUUUGAUUGGGAGUCCAUAUAACCCAGCUCCAACAAUGGUCACACAGACACACAUAACAGAAGCUUCCGGCUGGGUCCCAGGGGAGCGAAAACGGACUCAAGAAAUUAUAGAGUCAGAUUUUUCAGAAAGUAAGAGAAGCAAGAAAGGCGAUAAAAAUGGGAAGGGUCUGAGGCAUUUUUCAAUGAAAGUUUGUGAAAAAGUUCAACGUAAAGGAACAACUUCAUACAACGAAGUCGCUGAUGAGCUCGUAUCAGAAUUCACAAAUUCUAACAGCCACCUAGCAACAGAUUCAGCUUAUGAUCAGAAAAAUAUCCGGCGGAGAGUUUAUGAUGCCCUCAACGUCCUGAUGGCAAUGAACAUAAUUUCAAAGGAGAAGAAGGAAAUCAGAUGGAUUGGCCUUCCUACAAACUCAGCUCAGGAAUGUCAAAAUCUAGAGAUAGAAAAGCAGAAGCGGAUUGAAAGGAUAAAACAGAAGCGAGCCCAACUGCAAGAACUGCUACUGCAGCAAAUAGCAUUUAAAAACUUGGUACAAAGAAAUCAGCAAAAUGAACAGCAAAAUCAAGGCCCUCCAUCGUUGACCUCCACAAUACAGCUGCCUUUCUUGAUAGUCAACACUAGCAAAAGAACAAUUAUAGACUGCAGCAUAUCAAGUGAUAAAUUUGAAUACCUCUUUAAUUUCGAUAAUACUUUUGAGAUUCAUGACGACAGCGAGGUGCUGAAGAGAAUGGGAAUGUCCUUUGGACUUGAAGCAGGCAAAUGUUCAGCUGAGGACCUAAGAACUGCAAAAUCAUUGGUGCCAAAAGCUUUAGAAGGCUACAUCACAGAUAUGUCUGAAGGAUUUUCAUGGAUAAACCAAGGGUUACUUUCAAGUUCAGAACAAGUAGUUUCCCAUUUCGAGGCAGCUGGAGGCACUUACGAUGCUAAAUCAAGUGAGAACCCAGGGUUGUGUUUGGAUGCUGAAGUGGCCUUAGCAACUGGGCAGCUGCUUGCCCCUAGCAGUCAGCAGUCCAGCAGUGCAGCGUCCCGGGGGGAGACGCCCUGCUCCUUCAACGAGGAAGAUGAAGAGGAUGAAGAUGAGGAUUCUUCCUCCCCAGAAUGAGGACAGUAGAAAAUGGAAUAUACAAAAUGCUGCUCAGAUUCUUAAUGGGAGUUCCUGUUUGGAUUUUAUAGUUUCUUGCCUUGGUUUGCACUGUGUUCGGUGAAGCAAAAUGGAAGCUUCAAAACAAAUUAUCCAUAGCUGAAAUUGAAGAAUUGUAUAACUGAACACAGAGUGACAUGCAGAGACAGAGCAAAAAGGGUUUUAUAAACUAUAAAUGAGGAAAAGAACAAAGUCCCUGGAGAUUUGGCAAAGUAAACCCUAAGUCCGUAUUUUCCAUUUUGGGACUCAAGUCUCUGUCUUCCCCUUGUCUUUUUCAGAUGGAGAAGAAAACAGUCAGUCAGUAAAAGCCAGUUCUUGCAUUGUCUUUUGGCUGCACUGCCUUUAGAAAAAGGGGGAGAGAGCACACACAAAUGUGCUAAAAUCGUUAUUUAAAACUAUAUUGUAUGAAAGUGGUUAUAGGGAGAAGGGUCUGUUAAAAUGUUUGCUGUUUUUCUGUUCAACUUGCUGUAUAGAAGAUUCUUAAAGUAAUAUAAAUUGCAAGUGAUUAAAUGAAUCUUGAAAUAGUUUCUAUCCAUUUUAGAUACUCUUAAAAGUAACAUUAGUAUGAAAGGUUCAUAUGUUCAUUUAUAUUGCAGGCCUAAUUUAUUUUAAGUGAUUAUUCUUAGCCAUUAUUAAAACAGUCAGGAAAAAAAACCAGUAUUCUCUGCACCAGCUUUUUUCAAGGAAAAUAAGUUAAAAAUUGUAUUUCUAGAUUACAGCAUAUUCAGUGUAGCUUCUCCUUUACUGUUCUAACUUAUAUAAUCCCUUCGAUGUUAGAGCAUGUCUCAUUUUUUUUUAAAGAGGCCUCCCACCAUGUUAAGAAUCUCAGACAGCGUGUUUUCAAGGCAGUCUUUUGAAAUUUGGGGUGGGCAGGUCACAUAACUUUUAAAGUCAUAGGCUGAGGUUCUUAGGGAAAAAAAAAAAACGUCAAGAAUACAUAAUUUCAUAUUUUGCAUUUUGGUCAGCUUGGAUUCUGACAGACUUUCUUAUGAAUAACUUCAGAUGCACUCACCUUGAUGCACCUUUGAAAGUUGUAUCAAACCACCUAAAAUAAUCUGUGGCUCAAGUUACCCAACACGUAUCCCAUGUGAACUGUUAAAUUACACUUGCAGCAGGAGGCUGUGUUUUCCAUAGCUAACAUCCAAUCAUAAAGACCUUUAAGAAAAAAAAACCCCUUGAAUAUCAAUGCAAAAUACACUGUAGAUGUACUCUUCCCAUGGUGUUCCAUCAUCCAGGACUUUGCCUAGUCUCCAAGGUAACUAUUUUUCAUGAGGUAAAUCUCCAGUUUUUCCACCGUCUGUAGGUGGUAGCCCUGUGUCCCAGCUGUCUGAGGCAGCUGUCCUGGCUCUGUUCCUGCAUGGGGGAGAUGAGGCAACUUGUGCUGUUGCUCACCUGAACAAAGCUACCCCUGAGCUGCUGGCAGGGUCCCUCUCACAGCCUGGGCUGUGUCCACAUCACCUUUUACAGCUAAACCUACACCCACCAGGGCCAGCAAGAUCCAAAAGCACCUAGCCUGAGCUACAGAGAGAAAAUGAGGCUCCAGCUCAAGAGCUGCCUGGCCAUGUACAGGAGUUAGCACAGGGCUGGCUGCUCACAGGACAGGUAAAACUGAGAGGAGUAGACAAGCACCACCUGCAUGUUUACAUUACAAACCAAAGCAUCCAGAUAGAAACUUUUCACAACUACUUCACACUCCUGCAUGUGAGGAGUACCUGAGGGCAGCACUACUGUGUAGGUAUGGCUCUUGACUGAGCUAUCUGUUUUACACAUAUAAAUGGCAAAUGCACGAACUAAAAUGCCUACCAAGAUACUCACCCUUGGGGCAAGACUGUUAAAACCCAUCCUGGGCUCAUGGCUCACAGGCAACAGCAGACUGAGGGAUUUACACCCCCUCACUUCCACCCAAUCUAUAACACUACCUCCAUACCAGAAAAGCUUUACAGAUACAAAAGAGUAUUCUUGCUGAGACAGUCAGUGCAUUGAGUCAAGUGGCUCACUUUUGAAAUGGGGGGAAAAGGGAACAGGUACUCUACACAUAUUACUGUGGAAUUGUCAGCUUCAUGAUGGACAUUUCAUUCAGACAGAUCAUCACUUUCAUUCUUAAAAAACCUUUUGCUUUUUCAAAAACUGCCCUGUCAGUCAUCUUUCAUUGGAGAGGGCAGAUCAAAGAUAACUUAUAUCUGCAUGAUCCUAAGAAAUUCUUUAAGAGGGAAGUAUCUUCCAAAGUAGUUAUACCUCCCUCCCCCUAACAAUACAUCAGGGACACAUUUAACUUCACACUUUCUUCACAUUUUCCCUUAAGAUCUGUGUAAAAAUCAAAACCAGCAAAACACUAAACGGUUAAUGAAGAGCAGAACUAUAUGAGCCUGGCCAAAAAAAAGGCUUCCAGGCCAGAAAUUGAAUGUGUUUUAUUAGCAAUCAGUGGGCUUUCUGCUUUACAGGAGGAAGAUCUUAAGUGACACCUUACCUCCUUUUAUGUCUGUGCUCUUCAAAACUGUGGCCUGCACAGCUGCUUGCUUUCUGGCAAACAUCAAACUAUCAAAUUUAAAGAUAAAAAAUAUGGGAGCACAUAACAUUUAUUUGACAGUUGACCCAAGCCUUUAAAAUAUUUUUUUUCCUGGACUAGUUGACUACAAAGGACAAAACAAGUUAGAACAUUCAGAAGAGACUUCAAAAGUAAAUUUUUUCCUUGGGCUUCUUUGUGCCAAGUACCAGUUGAGGAUUAAGUUCAACUGAAGCACUGUGGUCUUGUGGCUACACUAAAGUCUGGGAACUAGAAGAAUUUGGGGCCUUGUCCAGCCAGAGCCACUUGUGUAUGAUCUCAGGCAAGUCUUUCAAUCAUUCCUGGUGUUCUUAGCUGCCAUAUUUAAAAAAGAAACAAAAAACACAAAAACCACAAACCAAAACAGGUAAAUGCAACACCUCACUAAAGGCAGCUGCUGCAAUUGUGAGUAACACAGAGGUUGAGAAAAUUAACAAACCACAGAGCUCCCACUAAGCUCAUGGCAGUGCUUGUGCUCAGCUGCCUCAACACACAGGGCCUCCCUCCUGCUGAGAGCCAGCAAACACUUUCCACAAUCAAAUGGUCGACCAAGACUGGUUUUCCCAUUUUCUAUUCACUUCCCAUCAUCAUCUCCUGUCUCAUGCAAUACCCCUGACAUUCAUUGACAGGAAUCAAGCAGCAACUUGUAGUAGAUCAUACUUCGUAUAAAAAAAAGUUAACAUUUAAGUUUUCAUGCAACUUAUAUUUAAGAUAAGUUUAAGUGAUGUUUCUGUGUCUUGGUAAUACAUUCUCUCUUGGUUAUACAUUCAGGGGGCACUUGACUCUAGGCAAUAUAAUGCUGUAUAUAAAUGCCUUUAUAGCUAUAGUGCAGUAAACAACUUUAUUUCUGAACUAACUUUGUGGUGCUUGAAAAAUCUAAAUUUGACUUUAAAAAACUAGUCAGCUCCACUAUCUAGAUUAAAAACUAUGAGUGGGAGACAGCAUUUUUCUAUUAUGUGGAAAUCUGACAUAAUGUUAGUAUUUGAAAUUGUAUUAAAGUGCACCAGUCUUCUCAUUUCCACACUGGAAUUAAUGACAACAAUCCACCUUAUCUUAGAAAGUGUGUGUAUCUAGAAAAUAAAACCAGUCCAACUGAAAGUAUUACUUAAGUAACACAAUUAAACCCAGUACAAGCCCUGCUGUAGAUAUUUCCAUUUUGGUUAAGGGGUUUUCAACUACAGCUUGCAAAUACCUCUAAAUACUUUUGAGUAGCUGGAAAUUGCCAAGGAUACAAAAAUGCUGAUCAACUGUCAGCCUGAAGUAACAUUAUGUAAAGAG